GCGGUCUCCAGAAACAUGGCCGCCGGUAUAAAGCGAUCUGAAGAGGACAAAGACGAGUCUUUGCCAACUUUUUAUAGUUCACAUUCUCGUGCUUCGUGCUGUCAACUGGAAUUCCCCGGAUUAAAUUCAUGAAACUGAUUCGGAUUAAAUUCAUGAAACUGAUUCGGCUCUGGAGGACUACAUAUCCCGUCAACAUCUUCACGGUCAUACGGCGAAAUCAAUAGGCCUCUUUAUACUGCUUGGUUGACUGCUGACAAUGGGCGCCUUCGUAGGUUGGAAGCGUUUCCUUUCCAGGCUGGUGAAGAAGAGAUCAGGCUGGCCCCAGGGAGCAUCGUUCACUGCCUCAUCCCCGGGAGUACGACGCUUCUUUGCUUCUAAUUCAUCCCCAAGCUUUGGCCUGCUGUUCGACAUAGAUGGUGUGUUGGUCAGGGGCAGAAAUCCCAUUCCUGGUGCUGCUGAAGCUUUUAGGAAGUUGCUGGACAGUAAUGGGAAGCUGGCGGUUCCAGUCGUGUUUGUGACCAAUGCGGGUAAUUGCCUGCGCCAGGAGCGAGCAGCGGAACUGAGCAGAGUGCUGGGGAUCGAGGUCUUAGCGAAUCAAGUCAUCCUUUCGCACAGUCCGCUGCAAAUGUUCCAUCAUUUCCAGAAUAAGUGCGUCCUUGUGUCUGGUCAGGGUCCAGUGGAAGAGGUCGCCAAAGACCUGGGUUUCACGAAUGCAGUGUCGAUUGAAGCUGUCAGACAGGUGUACCCACUGCUGGAUAUGGUGGAUGAGAGUCGAAGGCCAAAGAGCUCUGUCACUGUCAGAGCAAAGCUCCCAGCCAUAGAAGCCAUUGUCUUGUUGGGGGAGCCAGUACGUUGGGAGACGAGCCUUCAGCUGAUCCUGGAUAUACUGCUGAGUGCAGGGAGACCGACAGAGUGGAGGACCCCCACACCAUAUCCACACAUACCAAUACUGGCAUGUAAUAUGGAUCUGCUCUGGAUGGCUGAAGCUCAGAUGCCCAGGUUUGGUCACGGCACAUUUCUUCUUUGUUUGGAAACUUUAUACCGUAAAAUCACUGGGCGAGAACUGCAGUACCAGGCGCUGAUUGGUAAACCCAGCCCCGUGACAUACCAAUUUGCAGAGCAUCUAAUUCUGAGCCAGGCAAAGGAACGCGGCUGGAGUAAUCCUGUCCGAACACUGUAUGCUAUUGGGGAUAAUCCAAUGGCAGAUAUAUAUGGUGCCAACCUUUAUAACCGCAGCCUACAGCGCCAUAGUGUAGACUCCUCUUCAUGGCCACAAAGCUGUAAAUCAAUUCUAGUGUGCACAGGUGUGUAUAGUAAUCAGGACAAGGUGCCCAGUGACCCACAAGAGAGCUUGACGCAGACUGUUUUCCAUGGACACCGAGACUUCAAAUUUGAUCCAAGCCUGGUGGAGGCGUCCUAUGUGGUGCAAGAUGUUGCCGAAGCUUUGGAGCUGAUUAUGAAGAAAGAAGGAUGGAGGUCCAGCCAUGAGAACACUCAACCAUAAUAACCAAAUUUUGCCCCGGGAGGACAGGACACAUUUUCCAUUUCAGGGAUUUUAUGAUCGUAGAUAGAUUUUAUAGCAUGUGCCUUUCUAGUUCUGUGUGAAAAUUUUAACUGGAGGAUGACAGAAGCUGAACCUCUCUGUCCAUUCUGUGUUGUAAAUGUAUUUUAAUAUUAUAUAUAUAUAUUUUUUUUUUUUUUUUUUUUUUUUUACCUCAGCAGCGACUAAAGCCAACUGCCUUAGGUAAAAACUCGCAAAUUAUGGUGCAUACCAGAUCUGCUUCUUAAGAAAAGAGGUGGGAUGUAGCCUUCUGCUGCUCACUGCAUUUACUAUAAUUACGUAAAUUAUAGCUGAAAUCUACGCCAGCUUCUAGCUGGUGUAGCUGUCAUUUUAUAGUGCACGGACUGCUGGAAGACUGUGCCUCAAUAAAUUGGGCACAUUGUACUCCACUGCACUGUUUACUUAGAAGGGGGCAGUAAGCGCCAGUAAAUCUGCCCCAACUUGUGGAGCUCCUUAUAGCAAUUUUACAUUUCAAAGAUUUCAAUCUGUCUGUAAAACUAGAAUUUUUGAUAAUCCUGCUCCUUUUGGACUUGAUGAAGCCAGAUAUAUAGUUUACACCUGUUCACUUUAGAACCCCUAGAGAGUUUUAUACUGACCUCACUUAGGGCCACAUAAAAUUGUGACAGAAAUGCUGAUUUCAGCCGUGUGUCACUGGUUGCCGAGAACCAGCAUCAUGGCCUUGAAAAGAGUCAAAUCUACCUUAGAAGAGUCAUGGUUAUUCAGAAUCUCCCGCACUCCCCGCUUAUCUGCUGAUGAUUGGCAGUUGCCGUGACUCUUUUCCCAGGCCCGGUCUGCAAUGAUUGUGAUGUUGGUUCUCGGCAACCACUUACUUUUAACUUUUAAAUGACAGACCGCUUAAAUCAA